AACAACGUAGGGACGGUCUGAAAAGAGCGCGUUUUGCGCCAUACGGAAAAAGGAAUAAAAUCGCUUACUAAGGACCAGUUUAAAUAUUGUAAUCAUUGCGACUAGUGUCUUUCAUCUUUAACAUCCGGUAAGCUAACUGUCAGUGACAUUUUUAAACUCAGACAGCCAUUAAAGCGUUAAAGGCACUACGCGUUUUAUUCGCGCAGAGGAUUUUACAUCCUGCCCCUGGCGUCGUUGUUGCGGAAGUGAAAAGUCUACGUGUGGAAGAAAGGUUGGCUUGACCGUAUUUGAACACCUUACACACCAGCACUGCUCAUGUCCAAUCCAGGUUAGCUGUUUCCGUCGAACCAGUCUUCCUCGCCCAUCCCUCCUCCCCCCGUUAGGCAAAUGGAUGCUUUGAGCAGUAGUCGGGGCGUAUAAAUGGGACGGAGAGGCGACGACAAGCUGUAAUGUUGCGCCGGGUGCGGCAGUCUCUCCGGCAGGUGCUGUUUCUGAUGGCCCGGAGACCGGAUCUGCUCUGCGGGGCUAUCGUGCUCGGCGUCCUGCUCGUUUUGGCCGUCAAGUUCACGUGCAGUCGUGCUAAGAAUGUGGUGGCAGCAGCUCGGCCUCCGGUGCGUUUCUUUUCUCCUGACGCCCCGGUGGUGGAUCUCUACUUGGGUCAGCUUGACCAGGUGGAGCGUCUCAGGAGUGUGGCCGAGGUGUCCUUUAUUUUCUUCUAUGCACCAUGGUGUGCUCACUCUAUGGCUGCGCGACAGGAAGUGCAGCAGGUCGCUAAGAAGCUGGCCAAACAGGUGCAGUUUGUGGCUGUUAACUGCUGGUGGAGUCAGGGGAAAUGCAGGAGGCAAAACCGCUUCUAUCACUACCCCGUCAUCCAUCUGUUUUAUAGAAGGUUUGGGCCAAUAGAGUAUAGAGGCCCAUUUUUGGCUCCAUACAUAGAAAGUUUUGUACUCAGAGUCAUCACACCACUGACUUACCUCCCAUCAAGAGGUCAUGUUGAAGAGUUCCUCUCCUAUCAUGAGCCUCGAGUGGUGGGUUUCUUCCAGUUUAACUCUUCCCCCCAGCCGCCAGGAUACAUCACAUUUCUGUCCUCUGCCCUGCAGGUCCUAAAAAGGGAUUUCCGUGGCGUUGUACGUUUUGGGGUCGUGACCAACAAGCAGGUGGCAGGAGCCAUCUCACUAACAGAGGAUGAAACGGUUUUUCUCCACAGAAGAUUUAACUCCUCUUUGAUUUUCCCCAGGAACGACCUUAACUUUACGUCUGAGGCCAUUUGUAGAUGGGUGUUUGAAAACCGUGAGACGGUCCUCCAGUGGCUACAGCCCCCGGGAACAAAGUCUCGCCUGUUAGAAGAGGAGCUGACUAAAGGCCCUGCACUGCUGCUGUUUGUGCCGCACGAUCCUCUGGGAUCACAGCCCAGCCCUGCGCUACGGCAGGUUGCAGACAUUGCUGUGCGUUACCACUCCUGUGACAACAGCCACCACUCCAGCUGGGACAAAAGUUUCUCCUUCCGCUCACUGUGCUGCCAGUCAGUUGUGCUCCCACAGUCGAGCACAAGCGUGUGUGAGGUGUGCCUCAGCCUUUCGUGGCCAAGCUUCGCCACCUCACCUCUGCACUGCUUGUUCCCUCCCUCGAUCCAGGGAGGAGACAUUUUUCAGACUUAUCUCAGACGCUGCUGCCUCCACCAGCUCCCUUCCCCCGUGUCCAUUAAUAGUGCAACCUCAAUGGGCUGUAGCAAUUUUCUGGACAGCUACAGCCCAUUUAGUCAAUACAGUGCCUGCUGCAGAAAAGUAGAACCUCAGCUCAAUGAAUCACAAGCCAAAGAGGAGUCAGAGAUGCAAAGUGUUCCUCCUUCCUUGAUCCCUCCAUUCUCUGUCCGUCAGCCGGAGGGAGACGGCAUCACUGGGCUCCGUUGUCAAACCAACAGGACACUCAGGUUUUAUGUGCUGGAUGUUGCCUUGAACUGGCCUCUGGCAGUCAGGCUCGGAGCAUCAGGCAACAGAAGUGCUUCUCUUGAGCAAGAAGAUGAUAGGAGCGGUGACGGGUCGUUUGCUGCUAUUGUGAACCUGAAGGAUGAAGUUCAUUAUGUUCUUCAGCACACUCCAGCAGCCACACUAACAGAGUCUCUGGAGGCCUUCAUCAGGAACUUCAGCGCUCCCUACAGCCUCUUGCAGAGACACUUGGUUGGAGAGGAGGACAGGAAGGGAGCUGAAGAGGAGGCGAUGCGUUCAGACGAACACACGCAGUCACCUCCACGCUUCCUCAUCACAGAGUUGACCACUUCCUCCUUCCUGCCCUCCGUCAUGGACCUUCAAAAGGACGUGCUGCUGUUCUACUACACUCAGUGGUGUGGAUUUUGCUCUGUUCUCAACCACAUCAUCAUCCAGCUGGCCAGAUUAUUACAGGGAAAUGGCACCAUCACCGUGGCCAGGGUGAAUGUUGCACGUAAUGACCUCCCCUGGGAGUUCAUGGUGGAUCAUGUUCCCUCUAUUCUUUUCUUUCCCAGAUACAGAAAACACCUUAGUGUGAAGUUUCCUGACAACCUUCCCAUCACAUUACCCAACCUCCUCCGCUUCAUCCUGCAGCACUCUGGCUCUUUGCAUCACACGCACAAACCGCCUGUUGAGACAGGAGGCCCUGGACACAGUCCUUUCCUUGGGUCAGAGUUUCUGACACUCCAGCGUGAAGUUCAAGCCCUGCAUCACGCCCGGGAGCGUCUCUCCCAACAGCUCGCGCAACUAUGGCGCGACAACCGACGACUGAAAUUCGAGGCCCGCGCCUUAGAGACCGAGAAUGCCGAGCUGCAGCGAGAGAGGCGGAGCUUAGAGGAGCAGCACCGGGAGAAAAGCCGGCAGCUCAGUGAGGCAGUGAGGCGGCUGCAGGAGCUGGCAGACGCCUCUGAAAAUCUGCUGAAUGAGAACACGCUGCUCAGGGUCCUGCUGAGGGCGCUGACGGACAGGACAGAGGCUAGAGAGGAGGCGGAGGUGGAGAGGAAAGAGACGGAGCAGAAAAGAAGCCAUAUGGCCUCCUGAGCACAAGCCUGCAGGGAACCCUGAGAAUGAGGCAGAGCAGAGAAAAGAGAAAGGAAACCGGGCCAGGAAAUGAAGUGAAGGUUAAAUUAGAGGCAAGAAAAGCUGUGAGAAAAUAAGGCUGACAUGAGGAGAUCCUCUUCAACUGCAAAAAAUUAAAUUUUCUCACAAACAAAAAUAAAGAAAAGAUGACAGUUACCAUCUUCCAAGAAACACUGCUGCUCAAUCAGGCAGGAACAUAAGGAGAGAUGAGUAGGGCAGGUGGGAAGGCAGUGAAAGAAAAAACACACAGCUCUUGUGCUGUGAUCAUAUGAGCUCAUCCAACUCUUUAAAGUUCCGUGCCAACUUUCCAAUUCAGACUUCCCAGCUGUGAUGCUGCGCUUGCAACGAUUUAUCGACUGUUUUAUUUGUGAAGGAAUAACAAGAGAAUCUGGACACACCCUGCAGCCAAAUACAGCUUCCUUUAAUUACUGUAAACCAAGUGCAAGAUAGUUUCUUUAUUAAAAAAUAAAAACACCAUGGAUGGGCUGGACUCACCUGCACCCUGUAACCAAAAGUCGAGGUUAGUACAUUUGAAGAGCAGUGAUAUACUAUGCAGUGUGAGUUUAAGUGAUUCACCCAUGACGCAGUGUUUCGCAUGGAAAACCUCGCUUGGAAAGGAAGGCUACGAUACUCUUAAUGUGAAAAUCCCAGACUUCGUGUCAUAUGUCUAUUUAACCUUUGGGUGCAUAAAUGGAAAUUGUAAUCAAACACUGAGGAAGUCUGGACUUGAAAACAAAUAAAGCUCUGAAAGAAGGCCCCAGGCACUUUCCAAGAACUCGCAGAAUGACCUCACCUGCUCUUCUGUGAGCUGAGAGUCACAUGACUAACCUCCUGGAAAUAUUCCCCAUUAAUUCCUAAAAUUCAACCAGCAUUGGCCCAUGUUGAUUCAUUAUAGUUCAUGUGACACGUUUAUGUUCUUGAUUUGUUUUCAUGCUUGUAGUUCUUGUCUUUUUAAGUUGUGUGUGAGUGUGUACUGAUGAACAGAUUGGCUUCCUUAGUGUUUUAUGAAACAUCAAAAUGAUAAAAACAUACUGGUAGGAAUUCCUUCAAAGUACAUACUUUUACACUGAAUAACAACUCUAGUUCUGAAUCUAAAUACCUAUCUGCAAUGGCAUUUAUAGUUCAGUGCUAGCUGACUUUUAGGAAUUUAUGAGUAGCUUUCAUCACAUUCUCUGGAAAUCUGUAAAACACACCUAUGUUUUUCCUCCAUUGUUUACUUUAAAAUGCAUUUGCAGUACUGGUGGUGCAGAAUUUGGCUGCAGGGAGAGAGGGCUACUAAUAAAACUGAAGUAAUUUCAUGCUGAAUACAUGCUCCCCUCGUUUUGUUUGUAGCUAUUAAGUGGACUCGAAACAAUCGGUAAGAUUUUUUGUGUUUUUGAGGGGAUACAGUUGUUUUGUGAAACUGAUCUAUUUUUUACAAGAAUUCUUGAAUCACUAAAUAUUUCUAUGUAACUAUUCAGGUAUUAUUAACAUGCUGCAAUUGUUUACAUGUGAAAUAUUGCACCGGUUUUUACUGAUUAAAACUCUUUCUUCUUGUA